AUGAUCACUCAGAUGUUCAAGGACCAACUUGGGAAAAGCAUGGAAGCUUAUAUAGAUGAUAUGGUAGUGAAAAGCAAGCUCGCUAUAAACCACCUCACAGACUUGAGAGAAGUUUUUGGCAUCUUGAAAAACCAUCAGCUUUGCCUCAAUGCCUCAAAAUGCGCUUUCGGGGUAGAAACAGGAAAGUUCUUGGGAUACAUGGUCACUCACAGAGGAAUUGAAGCGAAUUCGGAUCAAAUCAAAGCAAUACAAGAUCUGGAAGUACCAACAAAGGCUAAAGAGCUGCAGAAACUGGCCGGAAUGGCGGCCGCACUAAAUCGAUUCAUCAGCAAAUCUUCAGAUCGGAUGAAGCCCUUCUUCCAGCUAUUGAGGAAAAUGGCAGCGUUUGAAUGGAGUUGCGAAUGUACCGAAGCACUGCAAAGUCUCAAAAGAUACCUUAGCACACCACCUCUUCUGUCCACUCCAGAACCAGGAGAGGAGCUGUACCUAUAUCUUGCAGUCUCAGAUCAUGCCUAUCAACCCAAGACGGCGAUCAAGGCCCAGGUCUUAGCAGAUUUCAUCGCAGAAUUUGCUCCCACCCAGAGUACCGAGCCGGGGAAUCCGAGUUCGGCACAGGUGUCAUGCACCACCGAACAAGGAAAGCCCUGCGCUUCAGAAGCAUGGAAACUCUUUAUUGGAAACAUUUGGCAGCUUUAUGUUGACGGGUCGUCCAAUAACCGAGGCUCAGGGGCAGGAGUAGUACUUAUCUCACCAAAUGGAUUUAUCUGGGAACAGACUUUCAAGCUCGAUUGGAAGGCUUCAAACAACGAGGCAAAGUACGAAGCGUUAUUGGCUAGCUUACGUAGUGCCGAACACUUCAGUGCAGAACAGCUUCUUGUUUUCAGCGAUUCACAACUAGUUCCAGCCAAAACUCUCACUCUACUCAACAACCCAUGGGCCUUUGCCCAAUGGGGUCUGGAUAUUGUCGGACCAUUGGCACGAGGCACUGGGAACAGGCAAUUCUUCAUUGCUACAACCGACUAUUUCACUAAGUUGGUUGAAGUCGAGGCGCUGGCAAGUAUCAAAGAAGUGGAUACAAAGCGGUUUGUCAUGAGAAAUGUGGUGGCGCAUUUCAGCAUCCCGCGAAUACUGAUUGCGGACAAUGGAACACAGUUCGAUGGUAAGAACUUCAGAAAGUUUUGUGCUGACCUCAGGAUUGAGUAUAGGAACUCUUCUCCAGGGUACCCACAAAGUAAUGGACAGGCAGAAGCGUCAAACAAAACCAUCAUCAACGGAGUAAAGAAACGGCUUGAACAUGCAAAAGGUCUCCCAACCCUUCGGUCUGAAUUGUUUGAAAGCACCAAUAAUGAGGAAGCUAUUGCACAAGCACUAGAUAUGGCAGAGGGCCGAAGAGAAGCAGCACUGAUCAGACUUGUAGUGUAUCAGCAGCAGCUCAUCAAGAGUUUCAACCAAAAAUUUUUCCUAAGGCAAUUUACACCUGGAGAACUGGUUUUGAGGAAAGUUAUGGAUCACAAAAGGGUGCCUGGCGAGGGCAAACUUGGGCCUAACUGGGAGGGUCCAUACAAAGUCACAAUUGUUGUUGGAAAUGGAGCUUACUACCUAGAGGAUCUAAAAGGUAGAGCUAUACCUCGGCCCUGGAAUGUAGCAAAUCUCAAGAAAUACUAUCAAUAG